AUGCGGACUUGUUUUGGCUGGCGCUUGAUCCCGCCAGAGCUAAUACUCACAAGCUCGGGCGCCUUUCUUCACGGAGUUGCGAUCAGCGAUGACCAGCUAAGAAGCAUCCACGUGGUUGAAAAUGAUCUUAUCGUUACAGACGACAAGGUGCUUACAAACCUGGACAUGCUGGCAGGAAUCCAACACGUUGGUGGCAACGUGGAAAUCCGCUACAACUCGGCGCUUCAGGAUAUGUCAGGUUUGUCGGGUUUGCAGGUGGUGGGGGGAUCCGUCAACAUCAUCGGCAACAGAGGUGUGCAACAUUUGGUUGGCUUCACCAACUUGACGGUCAUUGGCAAGUUCUUGAGGGUACAUCACAACGACCAGCUUGAGAUACUCUCAGGAUUUGAUUCACUGAGCCGUGUAGGCAGGGAUUUUUCAAUUCGCGGAAACAGCCGCCUGCAGAGCAUGCCACGAAUGCCUCGCUUGAAGAUGGUUGAUGGAAAUGUGGAGGUGAUCUGGAACGAAGCCGCGAACGCGGGUUCUGGAAUGGAGUCCCUCGAACUGAUCGGAGGAGGCUUGACGAUCAAGGACAAUGACAACAUGACCAACCUGAACAUGCUGUCCGCCAUUCGCGAAAUCUCAGGAACUUUCGAGCUAAGUUACAACGGAGCCAUGCUGGAGGUCCGUGGACUUGACAACCUGACUUCGAUUGGACGCCUGUCGGUGAUCGACAACCCGACACUGAAGACGGUGUGCCUCGCGAACCUGUCAGUCGUUCAUGGCGCGGCUGACGUCAAACACAAUGACAGGUUGGAAGAGUUAGAACUUCCGCAGCUCCUUUCCCUUGGGGGCGACCUCAAGCUCUGGGACAACGACAAUAUGACUCGAAUCGAGCUGCCCAGUUUGUCGUCCAUGGCCAAUUUGGAAGUGGCUUGGAAUGACCAGCUGGAGCGGUUCGCUACACCUGUUACCUCUACUGGCAGCAUUGCUUUUGUGGCAAACCAUCAGCUGAAAGACGUCCUGAUGCCCAAUGCGACAGAGAUCGACGGCGAGCUUCGGCUGGCUUACAACGGGGCUUUGCGUGAGCUAUCGAGCUUCAAUAUGCUCAAGACUGUGGCAGGCGACAUCAACAUAAUUGAGAAUGAGGUCUUGCUGGACAUAUCUGGCCUCGGGCAGCUGCGAACAGUGAAAGGAGACUUUCAGGUGAGCUCCAACCCAGCUCUUCGUGACUUGAGCGGCUUGUCUUCCGACUUGAGUGUCGGAGGGAACUUGCAGAUCUCAGAGAAUGAUGACAAGUUCCUGGGGCUCAGUGGCAUGUCGACGAUGCCCAAUGUGAAAGGCUAUGCAGUCCUCAGCUUCAACUGUUCAAAGAAUGCAGUCAGGCCGCCCAACAAGGCCACAUGCGUUCCCUGUGAAGCCUGGCACAUCGCUGAAGACCAGAACUGCCGAGUCAACUACACAUUCGUUGUGAUCGUUGCCUUCAUUUCUGCCUUAUCCUUCUGCACGGUCGGCACCCUCUCCAUGACACUCAGGAAGGCCAUGGCAGUGGAGAGCAUUUCAUCGAUGCCCGGCAGGGUUGUAUUGCGGAUGCUGGAGAGGCAGUCGGCCCGGAAAGGUUCCACAGCAUCUACCGGCUUGUAG